AUGACAAUCACCUCCGCAGCUGAUUUCACGUUGCCAAGAGGUUUUGAGAGCGAUCCCAAUAGUUCUAAUAAAGGAAUGACAAUUCUGAUAAGUAACACAGCAUUCCGCGCAUUUGUUGUUUUGGAUGACAUCGCCUUUGCAUGCUCCGCAGGAGCUGUACUCAGCUACUUUAUCAUGGCAUCAAUUAAUGAACGACCGUCUCAAUGUACAGUGACACCUAUGAGGACGUUUGCUAAUAUCACAAUUUAUUUGAAGCUUUUGGCAAUGUCAGUUGUUGUAAUUGCAUUUGUAACUGGUAUGUAUGCUGCUUUAGCACGUUCAGUUGGUCUCGCUAUACUAUUUGUGCCAUCGGUUGCCUCUCUUUCCUUUUUGUACACGGUGGGUGUGUAG